AUGAAGAAGCGUCAGCUUCGGCCGCGCCGAAUAUCGCUAAAUGAAAACCACAAAAAAUACUUGGGCAGCGGCCACAAUGAUGUACAAAUAUUUACCAAUACAAAAGAACCCAAUCAAGUCAAUUUAAAUUCAUCGUCAAAGCCGCUGCUGACAACUACAGCAGCGGCGACCUCAACGGAGGCUGACGCUGCGGCUGAGGCUGGUAUUCUGGCUGCUCUUCCCGCUUCGCCUCCAGCAGCCGCUCAGAUAGCACAUCAGAAGCAGCAGCCAGAUCUAUAUGUAAGCGCACAGCGGCCGCAGCAACAACACCAGUCUCGCCAGCAGCAAAGACAGCAGCUGAUUAUGUCGCCUACAAUAAUGGCCGUUGAUUAUUUUCCACUGCGCUACAAGCUGCGAAAAUCCAAAUCGACGCCGAGUCUUAAUUUUGACGGGACGAGGUGCCCCAUGGAGGAGGAUCAGUCCGACUGUCACAGCAUAUCCACAUUUUCACCCCUGAAUCCCGCCUCGGAGGCUACGCAAGUGCAGGACCAACAUGAACAAUUUUCACGCAUCACCAGCCCCAGCCAUAAGAACAGCAACAAUAGCAAUGCCACGCCACCAACAGCGGAGUCAUUGCGCUUCGGCUGCUCCCACUACAAGCGUCGGGCCAUGUUUGUGACGCCCUGCUGCAACAAAUUCUACAAGUGCCGCUUCUGCCAUGAUGAGAACGAGACACAUCACUUUGAUCGCAAGACCCUCACCGAGCUGAUCUGCUCCGAAUGCAACACACGGCAAACAGUUCGGGAAAAGUGCGAAAAUUGCGGCGUCCGAUUUGGCAAGUACACCUGUCUGAUCUGCAACCUUUUCGAUGAUGCGGACAAGAAGCAGUACCAUUGUCAUGGCUGUGGAAUAUGUCGCAUUGGAGGAGCUGAGAACUUCUUCCACUGCGAGGUCUGCAAUAUGUGUCUGCCCAUCCAGCUGAAGAUCGAUGGCCACAGGUGCGUGGAGAACAUCUCUCGAUCCCAUUGCCCGGUCUGCCUAGGUGACAUUCACACGUCGCGCAUUCCCUGCCACAUUCCCGAUUGCGGCCACCUCCUACAUAAGAUGUGCUUCGACCAACUGCUAGCUUCGGGCCAUUACACCUGUCCCACCUGCCAGACCUCUCUAAUCGACAUGACUGCACUGUGGGAGUACCUGGAUGACCAGGCCCAACGAAUGCCGGUGGCGCUGAAAUAUGAGAAUCAGCGAGUGCACAUUUUCUGCAACGAUUGUCACAAGACUUCCAAAACCAAAUUCCAUUUCAUUGGGCUCAAGUGCGUGCACUGUGGAGCCUACAACACAACGCAGGAUGUGAAACGUCGCCUGUCCUUGGUCACCGAUGAGCCCUCCUCGGCGUGACGUCCACCGAUUCACGCAACGUUAACAGCAUUAUGAGCCGCAUCUGCAACAGGAAAUCUCUCUUGCCAUGCUCAACACGUUUGAAUACACAAAAUUGCUACAUUUACACACAACUGAAGUCGAAACGCAUUGAAUUUAGAUCAAAUUCGAGCUGGUAUCGAAUAGAAAAAAACCACAAACAAAGACAAAGGCUUAAUAGGUAACUCUUGGUUGUGCUCAGGGAAUUCCUAGAGACUUGAAAAUAUUUAGCUGAAAUAAAUUGUGAUAGGUCUUUGAAAAGUGGCAUCUUAACUAUUUGUUGUCUCUAGGGAAUCCCCGAACUUUAACCGCUUUACUUUUGCACUGAACUUUCUGAAACAACAAAAACCUACACUUCACUCGAAUUUUAAGUAUUCUAUCCGCGAUAAUAAAUGUUGGUAAACUUCUAGUUUGCCCAAGUGGAAAUACCUGUAGUGGUAAAGAAUGUUUUUUUAAUAAAGAGAACUUGAAAACAUGAA